AUGAAGAAUUAGAGACAAUAGUAGUAAUAGAAAUAGUUCUCAUAGAAGGACUCUUCAAGCAAUGUAGGCUAGAGCAACAGCAACUCAUAAAAUAUAUAGAUCAGUAAUAUAGGCCAUACAUAAUCAAAUAACAGCACAUCUUUAGUAGGCAACAAUAUACAAUCUUCAUCUGCUUAAUAAAAUCAGACACAACAAAACAAUGUGUCAGUGAAUCUCAACUCAAUGAUGCAGCCCUAGUUACAGCACUCCCAAAGUACAGGUAAUAGCUCUCUCAACAAUUUAAGCGAUAAAGAUCAAAGUAAUAGUGCACAGAACUCCCAGUAAAUACAAUUUAGUGCUUCUACACAUAAUAACUCACUGAGUAAUAAUCCAGGCUCAGCAGGUAUACGUGAGAGCUAGUCCUUCAACUAUAAACGUAAGAGAUCAAAGCGAAUUAAUGAGGAGACAAUGAAGAAAAGACCUAUAUUCUUAUUAUCAGAGGAAUCAAAAGAUGAUUCCCUUGAGGACAUCGAGGUCGCAACUACUGGAGCAGCAGCAUACUUGAAUAGCGAUGCUGAUGUGUAAGUGAUUCUUCAGGAGAAUGGAGAUGGACUGAUGAAUUCAUACAUUAAUUAUGCCGAGAACUCCUCCUAAAAUAAUCAAUAAAACGCAUAUGCCAACUACCUGGGACUAACAACUUAGACAUCAAAUUCAUCUAACAAUAAUCAAUACUUUGACUUGAUUUCUCAAUAAAGUAAUGGAAACUACUAAUAAGAAAGACCAUGGAAUAAAUAAAACAAUAAUAACAACAACACUGUUGCCGAACUAGAAGAAAACGAGGUUAUUGAUAUUUCGGAUUGGUUCAACUUUGGAUUUAAUGAAGAAACAUUUGUUUAGUUCAUUAAUCAGCAGGUAAUUAAUAUCUAAAAUUAAAUCAUUGUUGAUAGAUUAAGAGCAGUUUUGACAAGAAUAUGUAGAUGA